UUGUGCGGUCGGUGUCUGCAAAGCAGGAAACCUUGUCUGCACUCUUUCAACUUGGACGUCGUUGCAAGACUAAAUAUUUACUCUAGGUGAAGCAACAUGUCGUAUCCACCACCACAGCAAGACAAGCCGCCAGCUUACGGAAUCGACGCUUCACAGCAACAGCAACAAGGAUACCCACCACAGGGCUAUCCACCGCAGGGCUAUCCACCACAGGGCUAUCCACCGCAAGGCUAUCCACCGCAAGGCUAUCCACCGCAGGGCUACCCGCCACAACAGCCAUACUAUCCACCGCCGCCGCCGGCGCAAGCACAACAGCAACAGUCGACGAACGUUGUCGUUGUCGGCGCCCCGGCAGCAGCUCAGCAUACUACUACUGUUGUGCAGAGUCGUCGUGGAACUAACCAUGGUUUGCAUUGCUUGAUCACAUUUUUGUUCUGGCCCUGGAUUAUUGUCUGGAUCAUCUUUUGUAUUCUUGAGGGUGUUUGAGAAUGAGAAGAUGGUGGGACCGUCGGUCACGUAUGUUUUUGACACAGAUACUCAUUGUACUGUACUUGUUCUAGACUUCUAUUCGUUGUUUGAUGCAGUACUUUAACGUUUGUGACAUUUUCGUAUCGAUUUAUGUUGAAAUCUAUCGGUUAUAAGAUGCA